AUGCGGUUAGACUCGCUAGCCUUGGGGACGACAGGGCUCUGGGGAAGCCCGGCAGAGGACAGUGGAAGCGGGAGUGCGGGAGUAAAAGUGGAGGUUCUGGACGGCGUGGGUGUGGCUGCACAGGCUGCUGCAAGGGGAGCGCAGGCCCCUGUCAAUUCGGAAAGUGACGCUGCUGAAGAGGUUGAUGACAAGGAUGACCAGGGGUCCCAAGGAGACCAGGGACAAGGCUCUGUAUCAGAUCGAGCCCUGCGUCCGAACAAUGCAUCCUUUCACCAGGAAAAGCUGCCCACCAGGACCACCAAGACGGCUGCGACUGGUGCCAGCAAAGCGAGCAGACAGCCCAGGCAGCCCUCCAGGAACCAAAAUGAGGUGAACCCGAGCCAGAAAGCGAGCCGGGGUGCCGGUUCUGGGAAACGCGCUCCUCCCAGGCUAACCCCGUGGUCGCUGCCUCAAAAUGCCGAUAUCCCCCCCCCCGCUGUCGUCUUCUUCCCUGGAGGAAAGAAUCCUUACUUGGAUCGCCCUUUGCCUGCUCCGCCGAGCGGUGUUGGUAGUAGUGUUGGUAUAGCAGGCUCGACAUUGCCAUUGACGUCGUCGAGUUCGAGUUUGAGUUCGACUUCAACCUCGAUAUCAUCCUCUAUAGUAACUAAACCAACUAAUAAUACCCCCAAACCCGACGACAUAUCAACCCCCGAUGCAUCCCAUACAAUCCCUACCACCACGAGCACAAUGCCCUUAACCAGCAACCCCAGCAGAUCGCGAACGGUCCUCCCCGAACGGCCAAGCACCUCGCACGGCCCGGGCUCCUCCAGAUCAGGCUCUUCCUCUUCCUUCGGCAGCAAUCGGAGCAACCAUCUCAACAACAAGCGCAUCUCCCGUGACGACAUGGCGCUGAUGGGCCUGACUCGUCCAAAUGCUCCCUUCAUGUCCGGCAGCAGUGGCAAGCCUACGGGCAUGUUGACUCCGGAACUCAGCCCGCAGCGCACGACGACCGUCACCCGGACAUUUUCUCCGGCCCCCAUGGUGGCCCGCGUACAGACCCCCGAGUCGGUCACGUCGGGCGAGAUCCCGAUUGGUAUGGCCUUGGGGAGUCCGGCAAGGGAUGCGCCCAUAUGGACGGGGUCCGGGCUUGGGUCUCUGAAUGGGAGUAGUACACUCCUGCCGCAUCAGGGAUGGAAGGGGCAGACUGAGACGGUGAUUACGAGUGGGUAUUCGCCGAGUAAGGAGAAGGAGAGGGAGAAGGGAAGGUUGUUGAGGACGCCUACGCCGGAUGGGGGGAAGCAGAGUGAGCAAACGCAGCAGCAGCAGCAGAGUCAAAGUCAGGGACUGCAGAGGAAUAAGACGCAGAAGAGGAAGCUGUUUAGUGGUUGGUUUGGGAGGAAGGGGGAGAAGGAGAAGAAAGAACAGGAAAUAGACAAGCAAUCUGACCCCUUGAAGAGCAAUGCGAUUAUCGAAUCCCGUCCUCCAGCUAGAAGCAACACCAUCGUCUCACGAAGCAACACCAUCUCCAGCCGCAAAGCUCCCAAGCACAAGCCCAUCAUCAUCUCCAAGCCUGAACCACAGAUGCUAGCGCCCGACCCGGCCUCGACGCUACGCGAGCCCCCAAGGUUAGUUCCUCAACGAUCGUUUGAAGACCGCUGGCCCACUCCGAGCACAACUACGACAUCGACUGGCGGGCUAUUUCUCGACGUCGAGAUCCCCGACGUCCGUCUCGAGCGCUACAGCGUCAUGUUCAGCGGCGUGCUGAACCGCGACAAGUCUUCUCAAGAAUCUCAACAACAGUCCCAGCAACAAGAACAACAACAACAGCCAUCCCUCCUUGAAAGAAGACAAAUCGCCCUCGAAAAACUAAAACGCAUCGAAACCCGUAUCGUCAUGGAAGAAGAGAUGAAGGCGCGCAUGAGGGAGCGUAGAGCAACUUCCCCGCAGCCGAUGAAGAGCCCUGCUUUCGUGCUAUUCCCUCCUUCGCCAACCGCGAAAGGGAAUACGGAUAGCAUGGGAGGCUCUAUGCCCGGUGGACUGGCGCCACCGCCUCAGAAGGGCCUUAAGAGGUCGAAUACCUCGCCGGCGUUACUUAGUCCAUCCAGAGCGAACUUUGAGAAUAAUGAGCAUAAUGGAGAGGAGAAGAGGAAGAGAAACAUCCCGCAGGCAUCGCCCAGGACGAUGGAACGCGCCGAGUGGUUAGAAAGAAUACGUGAGCAGCAGAUGCAGGCCGAGAGGCAGGCCAUGCAUGCUCGGACAAAGAGCCAGAGCACGACGGCUAGUAAUGCCAGCCGGGCACCGACGACCGUGUAUUUCUACCCGAAUGAGUCGAGUUUGAUUUUGGAUUCUUCGGAUUCAGACACAGGUUCCGAGUCCGAAACCGAGAAGGCGAGCGACGACGAGACGGACCAAAUUGCGUCUACGACACUGAGGCCAACUCCCCCAACGGCCGCUACCGCGGGCAGAACCACCCCAGUACCAAACAUGUCCCGCAAAUUACCUUUCUACCCCCCUCCACCACCGGAACCGCAAUGGCAGAUGGUCACGCCGCCGUCGAUGUCAGGCUUAGGCUCAACAACCUCUCCCUCCUCCUCCUCCUCCUCCUCUUCCCCCGAAUCAACCACUACAACUGCGACGACUAUUUCCCCCGGGUCCCAAAAACCCAACGAUAAACCAGGAAGGGAGCGCUCCCUCUCCCCCUCCUCGUCAACCUCCCCUCUCACCACAACGCCCCCUUCUCCCGGGACAAUGGCCAUUCCGAUGGCGAUUACAACCGACAUCCCCGUUCCUGCGCCAACAACCCUCUCUCGCAAUCCGUCCAAUACCAACCUCAACCUCGUCCACAAGCCCUCUGUCUCAACCCUUAACAACGGUAGGAAACCCUCGCUAGAUCUCGAUGGCGAUCUCUCGGAUUCAGACCCCCUCCUCAACCCCUCGACGCGAGACCCCCGCAUUUCGGUAGAUGAAGAAGACGCCGCGCUGAAAGCGGCGGUCGAGAUCUCCAUUGCAAGACAGAUUAGUAUCUCCCGCCAACAAAGAAAGUUGCUCCCUGUCCUAAGACAAGUCAACGGCCCGCCGGCAGGCAGUAAAAGAAUCCUCUUGGGGGAGGGGACGAUUAAGCGGAGUGCCACCGUCGCUGGGAGCGGCACCGCAAGGUCGAAGAUGCCUCAAGUUCCGCCGGGGCCGCAGAGACGGGGGUCGGAGGGAGAUGAAAAAGGCAAAGGGAACGAGAGCUGGGAUGAGGGAGGGGAUGAGGGGGAUGGGAAGGAGGAGAUUACCAUUGGGGUGAUUAAAGGGAGGUCGACGCCGGUGACGGUAUUGGCUCCUCCGCCGGGGAUGGAUGUUAGGAGGAGUGAGAGGGUUGUUUUGGAUGUUGCUUGA